AAAAGAGGAGGUCUUAAAGGCAAAGUCAGUCGAGUGUGCGUCUUCAAGUCUUCUCACUAUCUCUUUCACACGCCCACGCUUCUUCCGGAAAAAGAACAACAAAAACAGCGAUUUUGUUCACUACUUAAUGCAAACAUCUCCCAGUUGACGUAAGCUGUUUUUAGUACGACGGACGACAUUGCGGAAAUCCAUCAGAACUUCCACGGAACUGAAACCAGAAGCGGCGACCACAGGAGUGUAUUUGCUACGACAGCUGGAGAUUUUUGCAGUUGUUUCUUCGAGCAAAUAAUGUAUCAAAUAGUUAGAAAAAUGUUUUUUACGGUCGGCCACUGCGCAGCGGACGCGUCCAAAACCUACGAGGAGCUGUUUGCCAAACUCGACACGAACAAGGAUGGAAAAGUGGAUGUUUCGGAAUUGAAAGCAGGCCUGUCUGCAAUGGGCAUCCGUGCCGGGAAAGGAGCGGCUCAGAAAAUAAUUUCGUCAGGAGACCAGGACCAAGACGAAGGCCUCACUUUCAACGAAUUCUCCAAGUACCUGAAAGAACACGAAAAGAAGUUGCAACUGACCUUCAAGAGCUUAGACAAAAACAAUGAUGGUCAAAUAGACUUCAUGGAGAUCAAGCAGUCUCUUGCAGACCUUGGGCUGGAUAUCGGCAAGAAGGAAGCAGAGAAGAUCCUUCAGAGUAUGGAUGGAGAUGGCACCAUGACUGUGGACUGGAAUGAAUGGAGGGAGCAUUUCCUGUUGACCACAGCCACCAACCUUGAGGAGAUUGUCCGAUAUUGGAAACAUACGACGGUGCUGGACAUCGGCGACAGCCUCACCAUCCCAGAUGAGUUUACAGAAGAGGAGAAAACCACAGGUUUGUGGUGGAAGCAGCUGUCUGCGGGGGCCAUGGCAGGGGCAGUGUCCCGUACAGGUACUGCUCCCCUGGACAGAAUGAAAGUCUUCAUGCAGGUCCAUGCUUCCAAGAGCAACAAAAUUAACCUGGUUAGCGGUUUCAAGCAAAUGUUGAAAGAAGGCGGCUUGACGUCUUUAUGGCGAGGAAACGGUAUUAAUGUACUAAAGAUCGCCCCAGAAACUGCCAUUAAAUUCAUGGCCUACGAGAAGUAUAAGAAGAUGCUGUCCAGCGAACCUGGGAAGAUCAAGACACAUGAGAGGUUCAUUGCAGGAUCGCUUGCUGGAGCAACGGCACAAACGGCCAUCUACCCCAUGGAGGUGAUGAAGACUAGGCUAACCUUAAGGAAGACCGGGCAAUACUCUGGAAUGUUUGACUGUGCCAAAAAAAUUCUGAAAAGGGAAGGAGUUAAGGCAUUCUACAAGGGCUAUGUUCCUAAUAUUCUGGGCAUCAUUCCAUAUGCUGGGAUAGAUUUGGCCAUUUAUGAGAGCUUGAAGAAUGUGUGGUUGUCUCGCUAUGCCAAAGACACGGCCAACCCAGGUAUACUGGUGCUGCUGGGCUGUGGAACCAUCUCCAGUACUUGUGGCCAGCUGGCCAGUUACCCCUUGGCUCUGGUCCGCACCAGGAUGCAGGCACAAGCUUCUCUCGAGGGUGCAGAACAGUUGCACAUGAACCAAAUGGUGAAAAAGAUUCUAGAGAAAGAAGGAUUCUUUGGACUUUACCGUGGCAUCUUGCCUAAUUUCAUGAAGGUGCUGCCAGCUGUCAGCAUCAGCUAUGUGGUGUAUGAAUAUAUGCGGUCAGGCUUGGGUAUACAGAAGUAAGCGAAACAUGUGCUGUCAUUUUCAUGUCUGUCCGCAAACAAAUCGGGAAACUAUAAAAUGCAAACAUUGACUGUGCCACCAGAGGUGAGGUAUCCAACAUUUUAAAAUGGCACUUUAACCCUUGCAUAUUUGCUUUAAGGGGUGUCAAAUGAGUCAACUAUAAUAGUUAUUGUUCAAGUGAGUGGAAACAGGGUAACAAAAUUAUUCCUAAUCUCUACGCUAUUUAUCCCACAUGACAAUUUCAGAUUUCGGUAUAGAUUUUAGCAAGCAUCAUGCAAGUUGACACAGCUGAUUUGCUUUCGCGGGCCACAUAAAAUGACGUGGUGGGCUGGAUCUGGCCCCGGACCUCGAGUUUGACACCUGUGGUGCAACUGACAAUGCUACAUUUUAGGAUAACAACUGAAUUCAGAGUUGAUUCGCUAAUGUUUGUUUCUUCACUAAAACCCAACGGCAGCAAACAAAGACAGUGAUUCCGAUCCAUCCAUCUAUUUUCUUAACCAUUUGUCCUGAUUGGGCUCGCGGAUGAGCUGGAUCUUAUUCACACCCACAUUCGUGCCUGUGGACAAUGUUAACAUCCUCAAAAAUGUUAACAUACAAGUUUGUCAAAUAGGUUUCAAGCAAACUCCAAACUGGAAGGUCGGAGCUCAGGUUUCAUCCCUUCAGAAUUACGAGGCAGAUGUCCUUAAUCUCACUGCAUUGAUAUUCUGUCCACCAAAUUCAUAUACGGUAUUUUCACUUGAUUGAUACUCGCAAAAACACCAUAACAACUAGGAUCACAUGUGUGCCAUGAACCCUUGGGAAUUGGUAUAUUGGAGCUUGGGGGAUUCAUGCAAAUUGUCAUUACCUAUGUUACAGAAGGGCCAAGAAGAA